GCCUGGCACUGCGGCUUUGAAGGCACCAACGCGGUCCUCCUGUCACCAGGGCGGCACGCGAAACCGCCGACGUCAAGAUAGGGUCAUCGUCUCCAAAGCGCCCCUCUAUCAGGGGCACGACGUCUUAUCGAGUGCGCCCGUCCGUUGCUUUCCGUCGAGCUACGCGAAACCGUCCGCCCGUAUCUCUCGGCACCCAGUCAAUCUCGCGCAGAACAGAUGCUUGCGCGCAUUGUAUCCGGGGCAGGGGGGAAAACAGAUUCGGCUGCUGUUGGCACACGUAGGGUCUGGACAUAUCCUUUCUUGUGAUUCCUGCGCAGGACUGCGGAAUAACCAGUAUACGUUAGCUGUGGGAGCUCGCUUCCUUCUCCAGCUACUCGAAAGGGCACAACGUGCCAUAUAACCGCCCAAACUUUUGCGUCCUCUUCAAUGGUGCCUUACGGAAGCUUAAGACCCUUGUUAGAUCCACAACCCGUCCCCGAGAUUGAAGGCUUGAUGUGACCGACAGAGUCAUAACAAGGGAAUCACCGAGUGUUCACAGCACACAGCCUCAUCGGUGCACCCCUGCAGCACGCAACAUCAUUAAUUCUGUUGAAACCUCUGGUUGAUUGCAGUGUAGCGAGGGGGAGUUGAAGCUCGGUGCAAUCGACCGUGUCCCGACAAGAGACGGCCAGGUGUUCCCUGUACAGCGCAUCACCCGUGUACUCCAGAGGGGCUCCCUGCAUUCUGCCGAAACCGCCAGUUGACCGCUGUGCGACGGGUGAAGAGUUGACGUCAGCACUAUUCUUGUCGGCGAUCGACAACCGACGUAGUUUAAACCAUGCAUCGCCUCCUCGCGCUGUUGACUCGCCUGGUGUCGUUCUUGUUCGGCUGGCUGCCGUUCUGUGGCCGUCGAGAACGUCUCGUCGGCGGAGCCGGAAAACGAGUGCUGGUGAGCGGCUGCGACUCCGGCAUUGGCUUGCGGCUCGCGCAGAGGCUUCACGAGGCCGGCUAUCGCGUACUGGCGGGCUGCCUCAGCACAGACAGCGAGGGAGCCCGGCAACUUUCGAAGCUGCGCGACAGACAGCAUCCGGUGCAGGUGCUCCAACUGGACGUCACCAGCGACAGGAGUGUGCAGAGGGCGCUCGUUCAGGGACGAGUGCACGACGAAGGGCUGUGCGGUCUGGUGAACAACGCGGGCGUGUGCGUGCUCGGCGAGUUCGAGUGGAUGACACUGGAGCAGGUGGAGCGGACCAUGGCGGUCAACCUGCUGGGCACCAUGAGGCUCACCAAGGCCUGUUUGCCGUACAUACGGCAAAGCAAAGUACGGUGGUGGCCUGCGGCUCCUGCCAUGCCGUGCAUGUCCGCCUACUGCGCCAGCAAGACUGCCGUGGAAUCGUUCACCCGCUGCCUGCGGCUCGAGUUGGCCCGUCACGGGGCCCACGCGAUCGUCGUUCGACCCGGGGACCUGGCCAAGCACACAGGAAUCAUGAAACGCCAGGGUGACGACAACGAGGCAAUGUGGGACUCCAUGGACGAGGAGCAGCGUUCGGUUCACGGGCCUUACGUGCGGGGCUUCGUGCGCGGCUGGAAGUCCCAGCAGGGCGCGCUGUCUCCGGCUCAACUCGACGACAGCCCCGUGUUCGACCACGUUGAGCACGCGCUGGGCUCACGCAGUCCGCGCGCCCUCUACGUGAGCGACAGCGGCGUGUGGCCGCUGUUCCUGUGCGCGCUGUCCGUGCUGCCAACAGCGUUCUCAGACGCCGUGGGGUCGCUCUACUACAAGUUCCUCAGGCGCAGUGGAAGCGAGUGACGAACUUCUGCCUUAAACAUGCACGGUGUCUG